GCGGCCCGGAAGUGGGGCGGUCACGGCAGUGCGGCUCCCGCAGCGGCUUAGGCCGCGGACUCCUCGCGUCCUGCUGAGAUGGCGAGCGCGGCUGCACCUGCAGCCGCAGACUCCACCCUGCCUCCGGCUUUGGAGCAGCUCCGGCACCUAGCAGGGGAGCUGCGGUUCCUCCUUCCUGGAGUGCGGGUCGGCGAAGCCCGGGAGACCACCAAGGAGUUUGAUCGGGAAACCUUUUGGAGGAGAUUCCGUGAGGCAGCUAUGGCAGUGUCAAGGGCAGCCACGACUCUGACCGAAGUCUUCUCUCGACUUCCACUGCCGUCACCACAGGAAACCCAGAAGUUCUCUGAACAAGUCCAUGCUUCCAUCAAGGCAAUUAUUGCAGUAUACUAUUCGCUUCCCAAGGAUCAGGGAAUCACCCUGCGAAAGCUGGUACGGAGUGCCACUCUGGACAUCGUGGAUGGCAUGGCUCAGCUUGUGGAAGUGCUUUAUAUCACUCCAACUCAGAGCCCUGAGAACCUUAUUUCCUACAACAGUGUCUGGGAGGCGUGCCAGCAGGUGCCUCGGAUCCCAAGAGAUAACAAAGCUGCAGCCCUUUCAGUGCUGACAAAGAGUGUGGAUCUUGUGAAGGAUGCACAUGAGGAAAUGGAGCAGGCUGUGGAAGAAUGUGACCCUUACUAUGGCCUCUUGAGUGACAUUGAGGAGGACAACUCUGACAACCACGGUGAUGAGGAGGAUAUAUUGGGAUGUCCAAGCAAUCGGGACUCAUAUUGGUCAGAGGAAGAUCAGGAGCUCAUAAUCCCGUGCCUUGCACUGGUGAGAGCAUCCAAAGCCUGCCUGAAGAGAAUCCGGCUCUCAGUGGCAGAGAAUGGGAAGAAGGAUCAGGUGGCUCAGCUGGAUGACAUUGUGGACAUUUCUGAUGAGAUCAGCCCUAGUGUGGAUGAUUUGGCUCUGAGCAUAUACCCACCCGUGUGCCAUCUGACUGUGCGAAUCAAUAUACACCAGAAAUACAUCUACACGUGGAACAACUCCUACAGAACACCUACCGAAUUCUGGCAGAAGACCUCAGACCUCCCAAAAGUGUGCAAAACUUGUAUCCGUUUUAAAGAAGGCACUUGAAAUUACAAAAGCAAGUCAUGUGACCCCACAGCCAGAAGAUAGUUGGAUCCCUUUACUUAUUAAUGCUGUUGAUCAUUGCAUGAACAGAAUCAAGGAGCUCACUCAGCAUGAAGUUGAAUUAUGAAUUUUCAGGCUCAUUUGUACUCGCCUCUCUCCCUUUCUUACUGUCGCAGCCAAGCUCUGAUGUCUGCUUUUAGAAUGGGGCUAGGAUACUUUCUGGAUCGAAAGGGAGGUCCUAUCUAUACUUAUCUAGAGACGCUAUUACCAAAGUUUGUUGAUUAGGCCAAACUGGCAAUUAUUUAUAAACCAUAUGAAUAUGAUAUGUUUUUCUGUGCCAGAUAUAAAAGAUAACUAUGAGUUUUUGUUCUUGAGUUGCCUCUCAGAGAUUCCUGGGGAAGCUGCCUUAUUCCCUAUUUGCAAUAACGUGUGUCAUUUCAUUGUUAAAGAUGUUGAUAGUCUCAAUAAAAUGCUGACCUGCUAGUGGUUAAAUGAGUACCUUUCCAAAGUCUUUUCUACCAGAAAUAUGUGGGUUGAGACUAACAACAUUGCUUUUGUUUAGGUUUAUAGGUCUAAAGAUCUGAUUCUGCUCAGAAAUACAUUUAGAAGAAAAAGACUUGACUUUUUUUAGAGCAGAUGUCUCCAGAACCCCUCUUAGUACUUCAGCAUGUUAUAGAAUAUAAUUAUUCUCACCAGAAGGUUCUUCUGAAUAUUAUUCCAGUUUACUCCAUGCCUCUAUUGGUAUUGAGCUUGUGAAAAUUAAUAAAGGGGAACCUUCUUUAAAAUGGAGUUGAGAGGCCAGAAAGGCGGGGGGGGGCGGCUCUCAUGCAGUACCACUCUAGGUCAAUAACAGGAAGGACUGUCAGUUACAGACAGGAAUGAUAUAUAUUGCCUCUCCUAGGAGAAACUGACUACCCCAGCUACUAAGCCAGUGAGAACCCCUCAUCACCCUGAAUUCUUGCUUUCCUCCAUGGAAUUUUGUUCAGAACUCCAGCUUCCUCCUUUUUACUCCUUCAUUUGUGGGACUUGCCUGUGGCUUUUACUAUAGCCUGUUUGACCCGAAUUGCAGUUGUUAUUCCUGAAUAAACCCAUCUUGCUGGUAAAAUAAGUGGCUGUUUUUUUAGGUUAACAAGCUCAGUUGUUAGGUUUGUUCACCUUAUUGAACAGGGUUGUUUUCCUUAUACAUACUUGUAUUGUUGUUCUCUAUUUUGUAUUAUGUAUCCCCAAAUGUAAGUACAAAAUUUUUAUAAAUCAAAAAAUUUUAAAUGUAUAAGAGAGUUUAUAUAAUAUUAAGGGCCUCUUCAGUUAAUCCUUUUGCAAAACCAUCGCCAGUUAAUUAUAUUUUUGCAUCAGUCUGGAAAAUCACAUCUUGGAAAGCAUGGUAAACCUGGAAGGUCAUAUCUUAGAGAGCAAGGUACACAGUGAUGUAUAUUCUGGUGACCUGACUUAGGCCUUAUGUAUGUACUACAGGUCUCCACACUUCUAUUGCUGGUCCUUUGUCUUGUAUAGAUGUACUUCAUCACAUCUGCCCUUCUGAUGUCCCCGUGGUCUCUUUAGGUAUGAUCAGCAACAGCAGCUAUCCAUUUUUUUAAUUCCCACCACCCUUCUUUGUUAUCUUCAGUAGUUUGUUGUAUUUUUUAGAUUCCACAUAUAAGUGAUAUCAUACAGUA